UAUAUGAUUUAAUACCUGUUUAGCACUACUCCGAAAAUAAUUAUUUCCGUCAUUUUGGCGGAUGCUAAAUUCCGGUUUUGUCCUUGGGUAUUAAAUAGGUGGGUAAUUGAUUUGAACCUGGCAGUGGGUUUUCACGAUUCUUGAGGACGGCUAUUCAGGCGCCAAAAUCGCUAUCAUAGGCUGUUGCAUGCGCCCCGUUUUUUGAGGCCGGAGAUUUAGCCGGCUGUUUCGCACUUCCAAAAUUAUAAUCUAGAAACAUGAAGUGUGCAGAGAUUGGGAACCCUGAUAGUCCUCAUCCGGUGAGAAGACGCAGUCUGAGAAUUGCAAUGGCGAAAGAUGAAGCUUUGCAAACUGGUGGACAAGCAGUGUCAGCGGAGGAUGAGCUGGAUGAAGUUCUGCUUAUUAAGCGAAUGGAGAAGGUUCAGGAAGUGCAGAGGUUGGAUAGAGGCGGCUUACUUGAUGGAAGGAUUAAUACAUACUGCAAUGUGAAUGAGGUCGCAAGACAAAUUAGGGCAAAACUGAAUCAAGAGGAGCUGGGCAGAUUUAGGACUUCAGCUUUCGGGGUGCUUUUGGAUGUUCUGGAUUGUCCAUGGAUCAGUGGGCAAUUGCUCAUUCAUUUGGUAGGGAAUUGUGUGCAGUCUACUGAUGAUAGUGGAAGGAAGGACAAGUUAAAAUUCAAGAUCCUUGGUAAUGAGGUGGUUUUGACGAAGGGGCAGUUUCAUUUGAUUACCGAUUUAAAGAUGGGCGGACACAGGGGGAUAAUGGAUAAUGGUGUGGGGGGUAGGUUUGCGGCGCGAUAUUUUCAGUCCAGUAAAUCAGUUAAGCGAAAAGAAAUCACAAAAGCAUUCUUAAGGUUUAAUCGCGAUGCGGAGGGGACAAUGCCGAGUGACGCGCUGAAGAUGUCGUUGAUUUACGCUUUGGCAAAUACGUUUCUAGGUAACCAGCCUUCAGUUAAUUUACCCAUGCAUUAUUUGAGUUUGGUUGAUGACAUAGAGAAGUUUAAUAACUACCCUUGGGGGGAUGACGUUUGGUCGGAGUUAGUCGAUCAUGUGUAUAGGUGUGCAUUAUGUAUUGAGAAGGGGGGUAGCACCCGGCCUACCUUCGGAGGAUACAUGUUUGCAUUACAGGUUUGGGCUUUUGAGACAUUCCCAUCGCUAGCCGAGGCUGGGAUGUGUGUCUUGGAUUCUGAGCGGGUGAAUUCGAUACCCCGGUGUCUGCGAUGGAGGGUCUAUGCAAAGUUUAGCUCUUCGAAAGUUUCUGACGCUCUUUUCAAAUCUGGGAAGCUUCAUGUUAAAGAUGUUGAGCCAACGGGUGAUGAGUUGUUGUUGGAUAAUGUGAAAGAGCUUUUUAAGGAUAAACCCAACACUGCAGUGAAGGCCAGUAAGAAGUUGUCACUUAGCCUUUCGAAGCGUGUUCGAAAUGUUAAGGAAAGGCAGGUGAAUAUACGCGAUGCGUUUGUUAGGCUGAAAACUGAAGGGAAAGCAUCUGGAAGUGAGGUGAAGUCCGCGGUUAAAAGGGAUGGAAAGGGCAGUGUCAAAGCAGAACAUGGCGCGGUGGAGCGGGAGCGUAAAGGGAAGAAGGUGUGUGUGGCAAAUACGGAUAGUGAGCAGAUGGAUAUGAUGAAGGAAAUCAAGGAGAUCAAGGAAAAACAGGAUGCGCAGGACAAGAAACUGGAUGAAAUCUUGGGCAUUCUUCGGCAAAAAACAGCGUCUGUUGAAGCCGGCUCAGCGUCUGGGAAAGGGUCUUUGAUGGGAGGUAAUGAAGAACCUAGGGUCCAGAAUGAAGGUAUCACUGUUGAGGGGAAUUCAGAUGCUGAGGGUAAAUGUGGGGUUGAUCUGGAUUUGAGUUGUGACGAUGGGGGGCCAUCCUUUGAUCUUUUAACUCCAUUGCCUAGAGUGGAUGCAGUUGGUGCUGAAAUACGAAAUGACAAGAAUGGAAAUGUUUCGGUGACAGAAGCGUGUGACCCAGUAAAGGAGUGGAAGUGUCCAGAUAUUCCAUACACUGAGACACAAUAUGAUCCGCGCUUCCUGGAUCUUAUUGACAGGCAGGAAGAGAUGAUCCUAAAGUCUUUACAGAAUGCAAGCAGUGGGUCCAGUGGUUCAAACAAGGGGAAACUUGGGCAGCACAUCGAUGGAGGCAAACGUAGACGUAGCUUGGAUGACGAUGAUUUUGAAAGAAUUUUUACUAGCAGCCGGGUGGGAAGUGGUGGACAAGGAGUGAAUGAUUCCAAUACCGAAUGUGUUGAGAUUGAAUGUCCCAAAAGGGUUCACAAGAAUCCGGAGAGAGAUACUCCCACGGAGGUCGAGCAUGAUAAGAAAAAGCGGAAGCUGGGGAGGUUGGAGCGUGCUAAGCAACACCUGAAUCAUGAUAGCCCUGUUGUAUGCCAUGGGCCCUUUUCAGAAGAUCCAAAGCCUGCGAAUGGGGAAAUAGAAAAGCAUGUUGAAAUAGCAAUGCAUUUCCUGGAAGUGAAGGGUAGGCAGUAUAACCUCCUGCAGAUGUACACAACUACAACCCCUUACUUCUUGCAAGGGUUGUAUAAUCACCAAGCAAUGGUAAAUGUUGGCAAGGCCAAGAAGGAGGAAGUUGUCACUAAUCGGAAUCUAAGCAGGAGGACAAUACGGGUAUACGAUUCAAAAGGAAAGAAGGGAAAGAGUUGUCGGGCAUUGAACGAAUACGUGCAAUGUCUCACCGAGUUGCUGCCUGUCCUGCUUGAUUUGUUGAGUGUAUAUGAUGAGCACUCGGAAGGCCCAAUGGGGAAAAAGAAGUUCAAUAUCGAGGUCGUUGAUGGGUGUCCACAACAAGAUGACGGGUGUAACUGUGGGAUGUUUAUGUUGAAGUUUGCAGAGUAUCUAAUGAUGGAUAGAAAAAUUUCUGAUGUUCAUGCACGCGACAUGGAGGGGUACCGGGUUAAGAUGACUACGGAGCUCAUGGUAUACAGUAAUGAGCUGAAAGAGAAGGCCGAAGACAAAUAGCCUUAGGGUGUGAAAUUAUUUGCAAUGUUUCUGCAUGGUGUGGACAGUUUUUUUUUGGGAUGGGGGUAGUUUGUAGUAGGUGGUGUCUCAGGAUUUGAAAUGUGAUGUUGUUUUUUGUUGAAUGGGUGGUACGGUAUUUUUGUCGUUUUGAUUAGUUGUUUUUUUUUGUCUUUUGAUAUUUAUUAAGUCAGACAUUGUGAUGUGUUG